AUGCUAUUCCCAGAAGAAGAUUCAGAACACCUCAAGCAAUGGCUUGUCACAAGACUCGGUCAGACAUCUGACGCAGACGCCGACGUCCUCGCCGACUACGUCCUCGCGCUCCUAAGCAACGAUGGCGACACCGAAACCGUACGAAACCUCUGCAUGGCCGAAAUCCCCGACUUCGUCCAAGACAACCCAACACAAUUCAUCUCCGACCUCUUCGAUGCCAUCCACUACAAAUCCUACCUGCCAGGCGCGCCCGCGCCGCCGCAACGCCAGACGAGCAUGCCUUUUGCGCCGCCGACUGGACCGUCGAGUAUGCCCCCAUUUGGUGUGCAUUACGGAGGGCAGAAUGGGAAUCGCAAACGCGCGUUUAAUGAGAGGGGAGAUGGGGAUGUGCAGGAUAGGGGCAUGGGGAUGGAGAAUGGGAGGGUGUACAAGCAGCCGCGGCGGGGGAUGCCUGGACGUGGUGGGUAUGGGGAUUUUAAUGGGCGUGGAGGGUUCAAUGGGAGACCGCCACAUGGAAAUGGACCGUCGAUAGAACAGUCGCUGUUACCGGCGAUUGAUCCUAAUAAUCCUCCUGAUCCAAUGGCUCUUAUGAUGGCUAUUCAGAAUAUGGGACAGAGUAUGGGAUUUCCUAUAACCGCGCCUUUACCUGGACAAGGGCCACCAGCUCAGAAAGCGCCUAGGAGGGGUAGGUGUAGAGAUUAUGAGCAGAAAGGCUUUUGCGCGCGGGGUAAUACUUGUAUGUAUGAACAUGGGGAGAAUUCUAUUUGGGUACCGCCUGGACAAACGCCGGAUGAAUACGAUCCUUCGAAUGCGACACUUAUGACUGGAGUCGAAGGGAAUGGGAUGGGCAGUCCUGGCGCCUUCAAUAAUUACAGAGGCAAUGAUCGAGGAAGAGGGCGGGGAGCGAGGGGAGACCGCGGACAUGGAAAUGCUGGCAGGCGUGGUGGACGUGCGGAAUUCUCUUCAGACAGACCAAAUUUUGAUCGAGCGAAAACUACAAUUGUAGUUGAGAAUAUCCCGGAGGAGUCAUUUUCAGAAGAGGCAGUCCGGGAGUUCUUUUCACAAUUUGGCGAGAUUGUCGACGUUUCAAUGAGACCUUACAAACGAUUAUCAAUCGUCAAAUACGAUUCCUGGGACGCAGCUCAAGCAGCAUAUGGCUCGCCUAAAGUCAUAUUCGACAACAGAUUCGUCAAAGUCUACUGGUACACCACCCCAGACGCCCUACCGCAACCACCCGCGUCAGCUACAAGUGCAAACGGCGCUCCCAAACGAGAAACCAACUCCCAAGGCCCCGUCCCAGCAAGAGACACCGACGAACCGAUGAUCGACCCCGAAGAAUUUGCGCGCAAGCAAGAAGAGGCGCAGAAAGUCCACGAUGAAAAGGCGAAGAAGAAACUCGAAAUGGAAGCGGCGCGAAAGGAGCUCGAAAAACGUCAGGAAGAACUGAAUAGAGUCCGAGCUGAAGAAACGCGGAAACUGAAGGAGAAAUUGGAGGCGAAAGCGAAGUUGAAUGGUGACGCAGGCGCGCCUACGGAUGCGAAGACGUCGCAGACUGAAGCGCUGAAGGCGCAACUUGCGAAGUUGGAGGCGGAAGCGGCGAGUUUGGGUCUUCCUGGCUUGGAUCAACCGCUGCCAGAUGAGGGUUAUGGAUAUCGUGGGAGAGGAGGCCGGGGACGGGGAUAUCGUGGGCGAGGGACCUUUGCACCGCGUGGUUUCCGGGGCGGACGGGGAAGAGGCGGUGCGCCGUUUGUAGGGGGUGGAGCGUAUAAACUUGAUAAUCGACCAAAGAAGAUUGCGGUUUCGGGUGUGGAUUUCACGGAGAUGGGGAGUGAUGAGGCGUUGCGGUCGCAUCUUUUGGGCAUCGGCGAUUUCACCUCCCUCGACCCAACGCCCUCGACCACGACCAUCACAUUCAAAGACCGCUUCACGGCUGAGAAAUUCAUGAACAGCGCUCACGACGAGAUUCCCGGUGUCGGCAAGGUGGAGAUGAAAUGGGUUACGGAGCCGUUGCCGACGCCGGUGAAGAGGGAGGAGGGGGAGGUGGAUAUGAAGGAUGUUGGUGCGGAGCGGGUGAGGGAGAGGGAGAUUAAGAGGGAGGAGCGGGAACGAGAGGAGAAUUUGGAUUAUGAGGUUGCGGGGGAUGAGGAUUAUAUUGGUUGA